AUGGGCUUUGCUCUGCCUGGCGACUUGGCCUUGGUCAGCACCAAGGAUGGGCGGGCAGGCCUGUGCAAGCUGUGCUUGUCCCAGAGAUGGCAGCGUGGAGGCAACGCAUCCAACUCCUGCACUGUCCUCUCCCUGCUUGGAGCCCCCUGUGCCUUCAUGGGCUCACUGGCCCCGGGCCACGCUGCCGAUUUUGUCCUGGACGACUUUCGCCGCUAUUCCGUGGACCUGCGCUACACGGUCUUUCAGACCACGGGCUCCGUCCCCAUUUCCACAGUCAUCAGCAGCGAGGCCAGUGGUAGCCGCACCAUCCUACAUGCCUGCAGCUUCCUGGUGGCUGACUUCAGGCAGCGGGGCGUGGACGUGUCUCAGGUGGCCUGGCAGAGUAGCGGGGAAGCCCCAUGCUCUUGCUGCAUCGUCAACAGCUCCAAUGGCUCCCGUACCAUUGUGCUCUACGACACGAACCUACCAGAUGUGUCUGCUAAAGAUUUUGAGAAGGUUGACCUGACCCGGUUCAAGUGGAUCCACAUUGAGGGCCGGAAUGCAUCGGAGCAGGUGAAGAUGCUGCAGCGGAUAGAACAGCACAACGCCAGGCAGCCUCCCGAGCAGAAGAUCCAGGUGUCUGUGGAGGUGGAGAAGCCGCGAGAGGAGCUGUACCAGCUGUUUGGCUACGGAGACGUGGUGUUUGUCAGCAAAGAUGUGGCCAAGCACUUUGGGUUCCAGUCAGCGGAGGAGGCCCUGAGGGGCCUGUACGGUCGCGUGAGGAAGGGGGCUACGCUGGUCUGUGCCUGGGCUGAGGAGGGUGCCGACGCCCUGGGCCCUGAUGGACGGCUGCUCCACUCCGACGCUUUCCCACCGCCCCAGGUGGUGGACACUCUGGGGGCCGGAGACACCUUCAACGCGUCCGUCAUCUUCAGCCUGUCCCAGGGGAAGAGCAUGCAGGAGGCACUGAGCUUUGGCUGCCAGGUGGCGGGCAAGAAGUGUGGUCUGCAGGGCUUCGAUGGCAUCGUGUGAGUGCCCUGUGGCAGGAAGCACCGGCUCACAUCCCCACCCCAGGCCAGCACCACUGGCUGCCGUCGCCCUCUCUCCUCUGGCCAGCUGGGAUCAGGCUGCCUUGCCCCCUGGGCGGAUGCCGGCUGUGGGAGGGCUCCACCUGUGACCUGGCAUCUCACGUGGCAGAGCUGCGGAGCAAAUAAAUCUUCCCCAGAGCCAGCUUCCUUCUGGCAG